UGCUUCCGAUCCCGCUUCUCCAUCGGCGGCCGGAGCGGCGGACACCCCCACGCCCUGGGACUGGGGCCCGGCGCCCAGGACGGGCUGGGGGGCCCGCCGAAGGAACCGCCGCCGCCGCAGCCGCAGGAGGAGCCCGGGACCCCGUCCUCCUCCCCGGAGGACAAGCUGCUGGCCAGCCCGCGGGCCAUCAACAACCUGGUGCUGCAGGGCUGCUCCUCCAUCGGGCUGCGGCUGGUGCUGGAGUACCUGUACACGGCCAACGUGACCCUCUCGCUGGACACGGUGGAGGAGGUGCUGUCGGUCAGCAAGAUCCUGCACAUCCCGCAGGUCACCAAGCUGUGCGUGCAGUUCCUCAACGACCAGAUCUCGGUGCAGAACUACAAGCAGGUGUGCAAGAUCGCCGCCCUGCACGGCCUGGAGGAGACCAAGAAGCUGGCCAACAAGUACCUGGUGGAGGACGUGCUGCUGCUCAACUUCGAGGAGAUGCGCGCCCUGCUCGACUCGCUACCCCCCCCCGUCGAGUCGGAGCUGGCGCUCUUCCAGAUGUCCGUGCUCUGGCUGGAGCACGACCGGGAGACCCGCAUGCAGUACGCCCCAGACCUGAUGAAGCGCCUCCGCUUCGCCCUCAUCCCGGCGCCGGAGCUGGUGGAGCGGGUCCAGUCGGUGGAUUUCAUGCGCACCGACCCCGUCUGCCAGAAGCUGCUGCUGGACGCCAUGAACUACCACCUGAUGCCCUUCAGGCAGCACUGCCGGCAGAGCCUGGCCAGCAGAAUUCGUUCCAAUAAGAAAAUGCUGUUAUUGGUUGGAGGAUUGCCUCCCGGACCUGACCGGCUACCCAGCAAUUUGGUUCAGUAUUAUGAUGAUGAAAAGAAGACGUGGAAAAUACUGACAAUUAUGCCAUAUAACAGUGCCCAUCACUGUGUCGUGGAAGUGGAAAACUUCUUGUUCGUGCUGGGAGGAGAAGACCAAUGGAACCCUAAUGGGAAACACAGUACAAACUUUGUUAGCCGAUACGAUCCCAGGUUUAACAGCUGGAUACAACUUCCACCCAUGCAAGAGAGGAGAGCCAGUUUCUACGCCUGUCGCCUUGACAAGAACUUGUAUGUAAUUGGUGGAAGAAACGAAACUGGCUACUUGUCCAGCGUGGAGUGCUACAACCUGGAGACAAACGAGUGGCGUUACGUGUCUUCGUUACCGCAACCUUUGGCAGCCCAUGCAGGAGCCGUUCACAAUGGCAAGAUAUAUAUUUCAGGAGGUGUUCACAAUGGAGAAUAUGUCCCCUGGCUGUACUGCUAUGACCCUGUGAUGGACGUCUGGGCCCGAAAACAGGACAUGAACACAAAGCGAGCAAUCCACACUUUGGCUGUAAUGAAUGAUCGACUGUAUGCAAUUGGAGGAAACCAUUUGAAAGGUUUCUCCCAUCUCGAUGUAAUGCUUGUGGAAUGCUACGAUCCAAAAGGCGACCAGUGGAAUAUCCUCCAGACUCCUAUUCUGGAGGGUCGCAGUGGCCCUGGCUGCGCAGUGCUUGACGACAGUAUUUACCUUGUAGGAGGCUACAGCUGGAGUAUGGGAGCCUACAAAUCUUCUACUAUUUGCUAUAGUCCUGAGAAAGGGACUUGGACAGAACUAGAAGGAGAUGUUGCUGAGCCACUUGCAGGACCUGCUUGUUCAACUGUCAUAUUGCCAGCCUGCGUACCGUACAACAAAUGAUAGUCAAGGAGCACUGACACGAACACUGACUGCAUUUGGGAAAAUAAUGACGGGUGACGUAAAUAUUUUAUUAGGACAGGAUUCCUGUUAAAACAAAGCUACCAUAAUUGACCCCUUAUUCCAUAUUUAUGCUUUAGGAGCAAACUAAAAGAAAACAAAAACCAAGUGUUGUCCCAGCUCAGAUAGAUGCCGGUGUCUUAUGAAGCAAGUAGCUAAAACACACCGAACAUUACAUGCUGACAGACUGCCAUUUCAGACUGAUUUUAACUUUUUCCUGCUGCAGAGAUAUUCCUCACAUCAAAUUUAACUUUAAAAAAAAUGAAGGCUAAAUGUUCAAAUACAGCCUGAAGAGACAAGAUCAGUAUUGUGCAUUGUAUCUACCUGCAUGUGAUCUGUGUUGAAGUCAUGAGGAUGUUGUUUUCAUGAAUGCUUCAGAAUUCAGAUAGUGAAAAGCUCACACUGCAUUGCAGAAUUGUCUCCUCCUCUGUAAUCCUAACCUACAGCUACUUCACAUGCUCUGCAAGCAACACAGCAUCAGAAGAUUAUAAAAGGUAAAGAAAUAUCAUUCAGUUUUUGCACAGCUUGGCAACUAAUACACUCUGCCUUCAAAGUCCCCACGUGUAAGUGCAGCGGAAAGCAGACUACAAUGAAAGACAUGCUUUACAGAGCACUUCUUGCAAUAGCAGCCUAGGGAUUAGGAUCAAAUUCUUCUAAUCACACUUGUGUAAAGUCAGAGUCAUUUCACUGAAAUCACAUGGAAUGACUGUUUUUACAUUAGUACAACAGAAAUUUGGUCCUACACCUUAAAUUCUGGGUUCGUAGAGUAAGUUAUUUCUGUGACGACUUAACGAAGCACCAGCACCCUUACUUACUUUUCACCAACCUGAUAGGAGCAUCCAUGCUAGUUGCUUCCAAAGACAAGAAGACUGCAUUUAACUAUAAGUGUAUUACUUUGGACUCUUAAAUGAUUAUGCACAAUUUUGGAGAGACACUGGUAAAUAGUUAAAAUACUCCUGUGUGGUUGAUCUUAAAAUGUACUCUGAAAGAUUUUUACUAUUGAUCCAAAGUAAUAGGAGGCGAGACUUUCCACUGCCUUAUAGCUUGUGUAAUUAU